UUUGUUUCAGGCCCAAGCUGGCCGACAACAUUGACAUGGAAGGGCUCCAGAGGUAUUUUAGCCCCGGUUCGGAGUUAGCGCUGUUCUGUAAACAGGGAUUCACCCCCAUCUUAGGACCUCGGAGGAUUGUCUGUGGCACCAGUGGAGAUUGGACAAAAACCAAAUUCAAGUGCAUACCAAAACGAUGUCCGUACCCUGAUGAGUUGUCUGAUGGAGAAAUGUACUAUGAGGAUACUGUGUACCAGAGCACUAUCAACUAUACUUGUAAUGAAGGGUACACUUUAACUGGAGCUAGCUCUGCUGAGUGCCUCGCCAAUGCAUGGAGCACACCAGUACCACAAUGCACAUCUGUUACCUGCGGUCUGCCUCCGAUCCCACUGAACGGGAUGAUCAUUUAUGAUAAGAGGAUCCAAGGGAACUCCACUGAAUACGGUCUGACAGGGACGUACAGGUGUCGACCUCCAUUCGUAGUUUUUGGUAAGGCAAGAGCCGAGUGCACCGCGAGUGGCAACUGGACCAAGACACCUGAAUGCAGAGUGGUGACCUGCCCGCAACCAGAGAACAUAGACAGAGGAUACAUGUCAGUCAACGAGGAGAGGGACUAUGACUACAUGGAAAAGGUCAAAUUUGGUUGCCACAGUGACUACGUUCUCGAGGGAAGUCAUGAGAUUGUUUGUCAGCAGAAUGGCAAUUGGUCUGAAAAGCCAUCAUGCAAAGUGCCCUGCAGUUUGGGCAUACAGAGAACAAGGAUACUUUACAGAGGACAGAAAAUGUGGAUCAAAGACCUGAAUCCCAAGAGAGUCAUGCACAGAGAAAUUAUCUCGGUCUUCUGCAUGGACAAGACCAGGAAGUGCGGUUACGCAGUGUCCACUCAGUGUAUCGAUGGAAAACUUAAAAUCCCAGACUGCUUUGAAGAGCCCAGCAGUAUCGAUUACAACUUACACUCAAGUUCACUUCCAUCAGAAGUCCAGCAGUGCUGAAACUGCAGAAGAUCCCGUCUCUGAUGAUCAUCAAAAUACUACAAAAUUAAAAGAUCCCUUCUCUGAUGAUCAUCAAAAUACUACAAAAUUAAAAGAUCCCGUCUCUGAUGAUCACUAAGAUACUGCAAAAUGAAAAGAUCCCAUCUCUUAAGAUCAUUAAAAUACUGCAAGAUGCAGCCCA